AUGCAACAUUUUCUGUUUGGCCAAGGAGGGUCUCAGAGCUCGGGAAUGUCUUCUGAGCCCACUUCCUCCUGCUCUCAGCAGUGCCCUGCCUCGCCGCCCUCGCCCAGCUCCCUGCACCUGCCCGAGAGCCGCCGGCCCCGGGAGCGCUCCCCGUCACCCAUGAGGGGCUACCUGAUCCCCAGCCCACUGCCCACCCGCCGCACCAGGACCUUCUCUGCCACGGUCAGAGCGUCCCAGGGGCCCGUCUACAGAGGGGUCUGCAAGUGCUUCUGCCGCUCCAAAGGCCACGGCUUCAUCACCCCUGCAGAUGGGGGCCCUGACAUCUUCGUGCACAUCUCAGACAUUGAAGGCGAGUACGUUCCCGUGGCGGGCGACGAGGUCACCUACAAGAUGUGCACCAUCCCUCCCAAGAACGAGAAGCUGCAGGCAGUGGAGGUGGUGAUCACUCACCUGGCCCCUGGCACCAAGCACGAGACGUGGUCAGGGCACGUCAUCAGCUCCUGAGGUGUCCUCUGGAACACCCUGCUGGGCUCUGCUCAAAGCUGCCUGCAGGACCUGGCUGCAGAUUAUUGUACAUGAGGAAAUACUGCAUUGUCAAUAAAGCAGAAGCAGGCCAAAAUUACCAUUUUUUAAAGCUGGCCUGAUUAGGAAAAAAAAAAAAAGGCAAUUCAAAUGCUAAUGAAAAAAAAAAUCAAGCGUAAUGUGUUUACAAGAAAUGUAUUUAAAGAGACCUGGUUUGUGUGCGUGGUGGAGGAGGGGAGGUUUGGGUUUUCUUCUGUAUUGUGAACUGAUUCCAAGAAAUGCCCAGGGGAAGGGGGAGAGGUUUCAAGGAGAGCUUUUCUAGUGCAGAGGGUCGAGCACAGCUCUGAGCCCUGGGUGUUGUGUGAGCCCCGUGUUCCCUCGGGCUGCUCCUCUUAGGGCUGCAGUAGCUUUAUUGCUGAUAACAGUGCCUGACUGCCUUGGCCUGACAGACAGAGGUGCUCAUUGCUGUUUUCCUCAUGGAAGGAAGUUCACAGAGCAGCUGCCACAGGGUGGAAAAUCUCCAUCAGGUGGUUAUGCUCCAGUGCCCAUCAGGUGCAACGCUGCAAUUGGUGUGGCUGCACAGGUGUGGAAACUGGUGUUUGUAGUGGUAAAGCUGGGCUUGUUUGUGAAUUUACUUAGGUGCCUUGAUGGUUGAUUAGCAACAGAUUUUAUAGGCCAGUAUUAAAAAAAAAAAAAAAUCCAUCCCAACUUUAAAUUUGCUUCAAGGUAAGUGGUAGAAAAUUGUAGAGUAGUGGAUAUUUCAUAGCCUCUGACUCUGUCUGAAUUUUGACAAGGCAUAUUUGCCUUCUAGACUGACUGCCAUGGGCAGGCAGGACACCUGCACUGCUGCACAGCAGGUGUGUGCUGCCCAGGUGCCUGUGUAUUGAAUACUGUGUGAGUUACUCAACAGGCUCAGCUGUCUUGGUGAAGUAGAUUCUGCAUCUGUUUCCCUGGCAAAUUCGCUUGGUAGGAUGUGAUAGGACCACCCUUCCCCAGAUUCUUCAUGUAGUUGUAGUGCUACUAAAUUGGUUUUGUUCCUGUU